UCUUGGAGGUAGAGGCUUAUAUUAAGCCAGUCCAGGUACCAGAUAACAGGUGUGCUUAGUAUCAUUCACCAAGAGUACAUCCUUGCAGCUGGUUGAGACUGCUCAGUGAACACUGUUAACACUGGCAUAAGUUCUCAAGACAACCAACUUUUGUUUUCUUUAAAUGUGUGUUUGUAGCUAAUUAAGACAUGUCUCUAAGAUGGCUGAUCAACAGACAAAGAAAGUAAGAUUUUCUCCCAGGUGUGCUGAUGAUGCGUCCAAUGAUAGAGACAGUGUCGUACCUCUGAAAUCUAUUUUGCGUGAUCAACAGAAAUCAAGCAGAAACUACAAGCCAUUGCCAUCACAUUCACAACUGCCAGAGAAAAAGAAACAGAUAGCAAAACUUAUAGCUCAUAAAAAAGAAAAGAGAUUAACUUCAGAGGACAAGGACAGAACAGAACCUGAAAAUCAGGAGCUAGAAACUGAACAUAUUAAUUCAGAAAGCAGCAAAGACAAAGUUAAAAAACAGUCAUUCAGAGGGACCACUAGUUCAUCCAUUGAUAGAUCUGGCAACAGUAAAUCUUCCUCAGGUACAAGUACUGACUCCAAGAUGAGUGGGUUUAUAAUGGACUUCAAUACCAUGUCUCGCAUGCAUGAGAAACAAGAACUGCAGAACAUAAAUGAUCGCUUUUCCAAUUAUGUCCAGAUGGUCCGAAGUAUCCGUGAUCAAAGCUCCCAAGUGGAGUCAACUGCCUUUCUGUCUUCAGUACAGGUGCUGGAAGAAGAGGUCACCAAACUCAAGCAUAUGUAUGAACAUGAACUGGAAAAGCUCAGGAGACACCUGGAUGAUGUGAACCAUGAGAAGAGCCACUUCCAGGUGCAGAGUGUUAAGAAUGAGAGUGUAGCUUCACAGCUUCAGGACCAGCUUCACCAGGAGACAGACAAGAACAAGAGCAUGUUUGACCAGAUGAAUGUUCUGCACAGGACCAUAGCGCAAAAAGAGCAUGAGCUCCAUGAGGCCAAGAUGGCCCUACAAAGACCUUUGGGAGACCUGGAGCAAUUACAGAGGGACUAUAUGAAUGUACUCAGAGAAAACCAGGAUUUAAAAAGAAGAUAUGAGAGGGAGACAAUCAACAGACAGGAGGCAGAAGAGAAGAUUCACACACUUCAGAGUAAAAUGGAUUUUCAACAACAGGUGUCAGCUCAGGAGAUGGAGGAUAUCAGGAUGAGGCUGGAGAGCUCUGCUAACACUAUUCUUCAUCUUGAAUCUAAGGUGAGAGAGACAGGAAAGACGGACAACAAUCUUGUGGAAAUGUUACAGAAAGUGAGAGAGACAGCACAGGCUGAGUUAGACAGAUACAAGAUGGAGUCUGAAGAGAACUUUAGCAGAAGUAUUACUGCCUUGAAGGCACAAAUGGACAUUGACAGCCGAAACACAGAGACCAUCUCAGCGGAAAACAGGAGAAUGCACAGUGAAGUGGAUGAGCUGACUUCCAAGAUUAGAAAUCUUAGAGGACAGAUAGAAACAUUGGAAACUCAAAAGAAGAACUUAGAGGAUGUUUUGGAUCAAGAGCGCCAUCGUUCUGCAGACCACAUCCAAAGAUUGGAGAAAAAGCUGCGGGAGCUAAAUGACCUCCUCUUUCAAAAGAUGAGGGAGGCCAAUGCUGCCAAAGAUGCACAGGUUCCAUUAAAAGCAGAAAUAGAGGCAUUCAAGACUCUGUUAGAAGAAGAGGAGAAAAGGUUAAGACUCCCGCUUAGAAUGACAUCCAGUAGGACAGUUCUGCCUCCAGUAAUUCCUCCUCCUUCUAUUCCCACACCUCCUGCCCCUAUCCCCACCCCUCCUGUCCCUAGUUACACCCCUCCCGUUUAUAGUCAAACCCCUCCUCCUCCUCUUAUCCAUUCCCCUCGUCCUCCCAGUGCCACCAGCAGGCAGUUCAUUACCACCAGCACCGACUUUGAUGCCUCCUCAACACAGAUCUUGAAAACCAGUGGAGACUUCAGGACAAGUACUACCCAAGUUAAACAGCCCAGCCCACCUCCCUCCCCCAAUGUUCAGAGAGUGGACUUAGACCUCACAGAGCCAGGGGAGGAACUGCUGGAUACUUGCACCACCCCUGCAGUAUUUGAUUCCAGCAACCCAGUCACAUCCAUGCCAGAGACCUAUGUGCCAGAGAUGUCCAUCCCAGCACCACCAGUUAUGCCAGAAGGCACCAUGCCCAUGCCCAUACUGGGGCCUGUUGAGGGGCCAGUGAGUUCAUCUGCAAGAGUUCAGUCAGCACCUGCUGGGACAAGGUCCCGUGUCCAUGUCGUCCCUACAUACCUUGGCCAGGGGAAGGAUUAUUUUGAUGAAAUGUUUAAUGACUUAAAGAGGACCACAUUACAAACCCGCCCCAGAAGCAGCCCAGCAGAGCGUCCACCAUACAGUUCAACAUUCUAUGACUACACCACUUCCUCAUGCAGUGCUACAGGGCCACUGAAGAUUCUGGAGGUGAACCAGGAGGGCAAAUAUGUGCGAAUUGUCAACACUUCAGACUCAAUGGAUGAAGAAAUAGGUGGCUACAUGAUACAGCAGAAUGUUGGUGGACACCCUGUAGCAGUGUACAGAUUCCCUCCUCGCACUCGACACAAGGCAAGCUCCACAUGCACAGUUUACGCAGGUUGUAAUGACCCCAUCCUCCACCAGCCACCACAGGCAUUUGUCUGGAAGGAACAGGAAAGGUGGGGCUCGGGCCCAGAAUGUACUACCAUACUGUGUAAACCUAAUGGGCAGGCCAUUGCAUGGACCACUGCUGCCCACAGGUUCUCUAAGAAUGCCUAUGAUGAUGUUCAGCCAGGCAAUGGAGAAUAUGCAGAUUCAGAAGUAGGAAAACCAGCUAAUGAACUGACAGAUCUGGGCUACAAUGUGAAUGCAGAGAAGCCAGAGCCUGUCUUUCUAAGGAGAGAGAAGACUUCUCCCCCAUUAUUGCCCGCUCAGAAGCACCCCCAUGGUGAUUACACCUUGAACCACACCCAUCCCCACCAUUGCCAGCCCAGACAGCUCACUUAUGGCAAUGAUAACAGCUCUGUGGACAGGCAGUCCAGAUCUCAGUCAGCAAGACCUGACCCAAUUCCUGGUCAACCAUAUGCUGGUGCAUCAGCUCGUAGAAUGGGAAGUGCCCCUUUGAGGCGCUACACUCCGCCAAACAGUGCAACAAUCAGGGGUAGUGGAGGAGUAGCCAACAAAGCAAUCACAUUAACCCCUGGAGUCACCAGUCACCCACCAAGUCCAUUCCAGACGUCACACAAACGCUUUAAUACAGGACUGCAGCAAAUACAAUCUCAGCACGACUUGGACCAUAAUCCACCAAUGCCAAGGCCCCCACUCUUUUCAACUUGGUAGCCUUUUUGUUAUCUUGUUAUUCAUGUGUGGGAAAAAGGCAGGUUGGCAACAGUUUAAGAGUCAAAACACACCUUUGGCUGUUUUGAAUGCCAUUCUAGCAUCCAUUAAAUUUUACUAUGUUGUCUUCUACAAGUUUAGUCAGUGAACUAAGAUUGUACUGCUCUUUUAUGAGCAAGGUGCCAAUUGCUGAAACUAUGGAAAUAUUUAUCAUUUAUAAACUUUUUGUAAAGCAAUUUUCAUAUAUUCAGUAGGUGAUUAAUAAUUUUUUUUAAAAAGUAGAAAAGAAGUUGACAGCGUUCAGUGACCUUAAAGGUUUACUGUUAAAGGAAGCUGAAAAUUGCUAUAUAGAUCUGAUAUCAUCAAAUGAUUUCUGCAGCAUUAGGAGAAAAUUCAUCACAAAAUUACUUUUAAUCAUUCCCAUUCCUAUUGUCAAAAGUAGGGAAUUUAUUGAUUGUCAGAAUGCAUAUUUAUGCUAUUAUACACAGUUUUUAACAAAAUUGUACAUUUUGUAUGUAUUGAAUGCUUUUGACUGUGAUAGAGCGUGUUUAUACUAAUAAAUAUCUACCAUUCUUA